CGCGACUGUAUUCUCCUCGCAGUAAACGCUUGGACGUCAAUCACGCAAGUUUGCGCGCUCGUUGCCACUCGGAAAAGUCGAUCGAUCGAUUGUUUUUUUUUAUUUUAUCAUUAUUAUUCAUUUGUCUCGUGGUCGUCGUAUAAUAACAACACGGUAGCAAUAAUAAUUCCAAAGUGCACUGCGACACGACUGCACAGUUAACACAAUAUACAUCAACACGGUCGUAUAGAUAUUGAAUAAUAUUGUGAUUUCAACUAUCGCUCUAUAAAUAUAUUAUAGAUCUAGAGAAAUGUCUCAUACGGUGACAGUUACCAGGACCACAACAUCUACAACAUCUGCUAUAAUCCUAAACACUGGCUAUGUGAAAUCGGUGCCUGGGUUAUUAAAAUUAGCCGAAGUUAUUUUAGGAGGCAUUGUCUUGGGUCUGUUGAUUUAUAACAGGGACAACUUAUGUCAUUGCUGGGUGUAUGGCACGCAUAACGCACAACUUUUUUUUUUGGGCACAGUCAGUGCGUUUUUCUUAACGAGUCUUUUGUUGCUGAUUUCUUGUCUGCUAUCCAUUUCCACAGGGCCUAUCAUAUCUAAAACUAAUUUUGAGUUUAUUUAUCAUGGCGCUGGAUUUAUAUUUUUGUUGCUGGCAUCUGUGUUCUUAUUACUCGAUGCAAAUGAUAAUAGUGGCCGUAACUCACAAAAUCAUUUUGUAAUUGCAUCAAUUCUGGGAUUGAUAAUGGCAGCAUUUUACCUGCUAAGUUCAAUCUGGGGUUAUAGGUCAUACAGAGGCCCAUGAACAACCUGUCAAUUAUAAUAUUUUACACAAGGAGCAUAGCCACAUAGACAAACAAAAUGGACGACUAGCAAGAAUCGCACAGAUUAAUUAAGGAUAUAAGCCAGCUUAAAUAUAUAAUUUAUUGAAUAAAUUAUUAUUAUAAAGCAUUAU